AGCAUUCUUGAGGAGAUGAAGGCGAGCUGGGUCCUUGCUAAAGCGGUGGCGCGGUGUGUGACGCCAUGGAGCGGCGCACACGCAUCGCUCUCGGGGCCGCACGGAGGCGUGGGCACGAUGAUGCCUGGAGAGACGCCACCGCCGCCGGCCGGAACUGCGGCCGCCGGCAGGGCCUGCGCGAACUGCGGUGUUCUCCAGCAGAAUAUGAAUGAAUAUGUAGCUGCAUUAAUUGCAUUGAAGCAAAAAAUAAUUGAUGGAGAUCGUUUGCUGACAGAGUAUCAACAGAAAUGCACUGAGCUUCAAUUUGCUGAACGAGAGAUCUCUGCUCUUCGUUGCCAAGUGGAGAAGAUGUUACAGAAAAUUCUGCCUCUGGAAAAGUGUCAGGAAGAGUUGGGUUCCUUGAAGGCAGAGUUGGAAGAAAAAAAGAAUUCUCUCAAGAUUUAUCAGGAGACCCAACUGGAAUAUGUUAAAAUUAAAGAAGAAAUAUUAAACAGUGAUGCUGUGAGAAAGAAACUGGAAACUAAAGUGAAAAAACUUGAAGAGGCUGCAACAAAACAUACACAGGACUUCAGACAACUAAAAACUGAAAAGAAAAGGCUUGAAAAGGAGCUGAAAAAAGUACAAGGAAAACUUGAUGGUGUAAUUAAAGAGAAGUGCAGAAAAUUUAAACAUGCAGAAACUCAGAGUUCAAGUGAAGAUCUUGCAACGUAUAUAGACAAAGGAAGAGCGAUGUUCUUAUUAGAACAACUCCGGAUGUGCAUUGACAGUGCAAAAGGAAAAAGAGAGAAUGAGAAAAAUGAUCCUGUGUUAGACACCAUACAAAUCCACCAAAAGAUCAGGAAGAGUGAUGGAAAAACACUACCUUGGUGUUCUUCAGGGGAAAGUGCUGUAAAGCAAAAUUCUGUAACAGCGAUGAUAAUUCAAACAAGUACUGAGCCCUUUGGAGAUGAUUGUGCUGUGAACAGGACUACUGAAGAACAACUUCACAGUGGUGAGGAUAAAAAUGUAGAUGUGAUAAUACAGACAGGCAGGGAGCACAGCACUUCAGGCUUCUCCAGUCAGGAGCAGAGAGACCCAGGUGGAAAUGUGAUGGAUAUAUUGAAUUGGGCCAGACCUCUUCCUGCUCUACUUUCUCCAGUACAGCUUUCACCACUUACUACACAGGAUAUGUUCUUGGGAGAAGUCACAGGUUCCAGUGAUGAAGAAGAUGAUUGCAGUACUUCUGCACUGGAGGAUAUUUUACAAGAAGACCAAGUUCAGCCUCUGAGUUGUAAUGUAAUCAGCCCUGGUGAUGAGUGUAACAGACAGUGCAAAUCAUGUGAGCAUGGUUUUGAUGCAGAAAUCUCACUUAAUCUGAGUUGGAAUGAAAAGAAUAUUCAUAUCAGUCCUAAGACGUCAAGGAAGGAGAGAGAUGCUGAAAGAAAGCAAGCCGAAGGUGCUACUCUAAUGACAAACAUGGUAACUAACAAAUAUUGUUUGGAGGAGAAUUCUGGGGAUGUGGAAACUGAGAACAGAAAACUAACUGGAGCAACAGCACACAAAUUGGGAGACAUGGAAGAACAGAAAGGAGAUGGUGAGGACAUGAACAGUGAAGAGGGAGAUUCUUCAGUAGAUUUUGUGUUACAAAGUUUCAAGUCUCAGAAUCAGAUAGAAAAAUGUAGUGUGGUAGAGCAAACAGAGGAGAAUGUAACCUUAAUUAGAGCUGUUGAUAAUGAGGGUACACAUGAAAAAUGUGGUGAAUUAGUAAAUGUAGAGAGAGAUAAAUUAGUAGCACAGAGAGAAGCUUCCAGAGAAGCAUCUGUUCUGCAGAGUGUUUCUCAUUUCCUAUCUAAGCAAUGCAUUGUGCUUCAAAGAGAAGAUGCUGAGGAAAAAUCUGAUGAGUUGAUAGAAAAUGAAGUGGUUGAAAAUAAAUCAAAAAAUGCAGUCAAAUUAACUAAUAUGACUGGAGCUAUUGAGAUCUCUGCACACUCUCAGUGCUCUGAAAUAAAAUAUGACAGUGAAGAGAUUCUGGAGAAACAACAUAUGCACACAAAAGACAAAGUGAACAGAGAAUGUGAACCAGAGACUGUUCAAGUCUCUAGGCAUUAUUUACCUGUAUCUGCUACUGAAGGAAUCAGAACUUUGUCAGUCUUUCCAAAUGAUGAACACCUCAAAAUUGAAGACAUGAAUAUAACCAGAGCUCUAACUCCUGAACUACCUAUGAAAUUUAACAGAGGAAGUGUUCUAGAAAUAGCUGAAUUGUCAGAGCUACUCCAUAGUGCAGAAAAUGUAAAACUAGUAGAUAUAAAGGAGGUGGUAGGUUUACAAAGCAAACCACAUCACGAGGAAGAUGGUAGUAAUUUAUCUCAAAGGAAGUCAAACUUAGAAAAUAUACUUUCACUAUCAAAGACAGCAUGCAUUAUUGGUGCAGAAAGCAGUGUAGCUAAGUGUGGAUCUUCUGCAUUAGAUUUUACAGAAGUGAAAGGUGAAAUAAAACAAUCUGAAAACUUAUGUAAGACAUUAGAAUGUGGGCAGUCCAAAUCUCAAAACUUUAGACUGUUUGAAUCUCUAGAGACUGAAGUCAGAGUUAAUCCAGAAGAUUGUGGAGGGGAAAUCAGUGAGUUGUUAGCAAGAGGGGAUACAAUUGAAUCUAUCUUAAGAGAAAGUAAUCCCAUUUCUCAGGAACAGUGUGCAAAACCUCUGACUCAGCUCUUGAUAACUGAAGAUUUUAAAUGUGAUGAAAUAAAAGGGAAAUUAAAUAAACAAAGCAAGGAAUUGGUGACUGAGACUUGCUUCAGUUCACUGAAGCAGGAAAAGAAUGUUUUGAAGAAAAAUGAUAUUUUGGAGAUCAUUUGCCAUCCUACUUCAGAAAUGGAAUAUAGAAGUGGCUUGGCUUUUUCUACUCAAAAGGACUUGGAGAAAUGCUGUACAAGUAAUGAGGAAACCAAUUCUCCUGUGCAAGUGGGAAUUGGCUUGGAAUCCACAAGAUCUCCGGAUCUAAAUUUCAGUCUUCAGAAAGUUGUUAGUUUCCUUGAAACUAACUUAGCAGGAAAGGCUGCUUUUUCCUGUACUUGGGAAAACAAGGGACAAGAUUCCAUUAUGAGUAGUAUAUUUAACUGUUCUUCAGAUAACUUAGAAGAGGGUGCUGAGAUUCUGUCUACUGAACAAGUCAACAUGGGCAAAGAGCCAGGUUGCCCUGAGAGAGAAUAUGUACACAAAAAUGAAGAGAAAACUUCAGAUAAGGAGCAGUCAGUAGAUAAAGAACCUCAAGCAUCUGUUAAAUCUCAGAUCAUAUAUGCAAACACUUAUAAGAAGAAUGCUUUUCUCCAAAAGUUUGAUUGUCAAGAAUCGGGAUGCAGGACUUCUAUGUGGAAGGUUAGAACAGGUCCUUCUAGAAUUUAUUCACUAACAGGUGGGAGAGAAAGUAAAGAACUGAAUAGUUUUGUGGGUUCUGGGAAAAAUGCCAUAAUAAAUUGUAAAAGUGAUUUUGAUAUGCCAGAGCAGAGCAAUGACUCUGAAGAAAAGGACUGUUCUAUACAAAAAGUUAAGUACGUGAAGUGUUCUGAAUGUGUUCCAAUGUUUAGAAACAAACUGAGAGCUUCCAGCAGAAUUGCAUUGGGUGCUCUGGAAACCGGUGCAAUUGUUGAUGCUGAUUACCAAGUAUGUGAACUUCAUUCAAUGAUGCACCCAGGAAGUACUUUCACAGUUAGUCACCUAAAAGCAGACACUGUCGUGGGUAUGAAUCCACAGUGUGAACCAAAUAACUCUGGAGAUACUGCAAAUGAGUGGUCAAGUGUGACUGGGGAGAGUUGUCCUGAAGACUCAGCCUCUUGGAAAACAGAAUGUAUAUUAGUAACCUCUCAAAAUACUGAGAGUGCUAAUGAACUCAUGCAGUCUAACAUAGCUGGAUGCAUCAGUCACAAUGAGGAAAGUCUAUUAAAAUCUGGAACAUCAAAAGAAAGCCUUGUGACGCCAAAUGCUUCAAAAAAUAGGUUGCCACUAUGCAAGAUGUUAAGCAGAUUCUCAGAAAAUUGCAGGCUGACUGUAAAAACCAGUAAAUUAAAUGCAAGAAUGCUAGCACUUGGCAAUUUCUUAGAAGAAAAUGAUUUUGCUAAACUUCAGUCAAAUGGGAAACAAGGUUUAUUACACAGUGUUGAUACGGGGGUCUCAGUGUUUGAAGAAUAUAAUAAUAAUAAUCAAACUGCUUACAAUACAGGAGAAAGCAGCACUGAUGUUAUCAUAGAUAGUGGUACAAAAAACAUUUUACUCAAUUAUCUUCCAAGUCCAGCCCUCUCUGAUGUAAGGUGCAGUUGUCAAACAGUUGGUCAGCUUUCUGAACCACAAAAGACAGUAUUAGAGAAGUUACAUAUGGUGGAAUCAGAGUCUUCUGCUCUCAAGAAGAGCAAUAAGUGGAAGUGUAAAGAGCAAGAACCAUCUGAAAUGUUGACUGUUUCUGCCAAAACAACUGCCCAAGUAAUGCAUACCAAGCUAUCAAAGAAACUGUUUCAAGGUAAAAGAAAAACAAAGACUCUUAAAGUUACCCAGCCAGUUCUUGCAAAUGCUAAUACUUCUGUGGCAAAAAAAUGCUCAUCUGAGAUGAUAAAUAAAAUCAGGGAAGAGAUAGGUCCUCCUCUGCCCCCCUUGCUACUGCCUCUGAUUGCUACUCCUCCAAAAACUGCCUGUACUGUGUCCCCAGUAAUGUCUUCUACAGGUCAAUUCUCUCUGCUUUCCCCUCUUGAUGAUCUAAUAUCCCCACUAUGCAAAACUCCUGUUCUUCCUCUCAUGUCCCCAUUAACAGAUACUCCAGCAGUAAAAUCUGCUAUUUUAUUUUCUCCUCCCUCACCCUCAGAAAUGGCAGUAGGUAGAAGGAUUCGCUCCUCACCUUUGAAAUUUUGUACUUCCAUUCCAAAGCAUGCACUUCCCGUUCCAGGAAGAUUUCCUCUCUUUGCAGCAGUUAGUGCUGGUCCAGGUGCCCUUCAGGAGAACUCUGUGAAAAUAUUGGACACUAUGUAUCCAGAGCUGUCUGCAAGGGCAAGGACACUAAACAUUCUGAAAGGCAAUAUUCAGCUUAACCGAUGUACUUUUUCAGACAGCCAAAGUUUUCCAGGACCUGUGCCUCAAGUAGGUGGAUUCAAAGCAAUUGCAUCUACAUCAACUGCUUUUCUUAAAGCUGGGAGCAAUUUGAAAUCUGAUAGUGGCAAAGAUGAAGACAAAGAUGUGCAAAAUCAGCAAUUCUUUUCAAAUCAUCUUGGAAAAAGGACGCUACUGCAGGUAUCUAUGCCAAGAAGUGCCAAAAGACUGAGGCUGGAGAGUGAACCACCAAGGAUGGAGCCUAGUGAUGUUACUGCUGUCAGAAAUACUAAAAAUACCAUCUCUGAAAUGCAGGAGGCUUUCCAUGGUAUAAGCUAUGAAAUCAGUGAUUCAUCACAGUGUUCCAAUUUAGAAGAAUCACUACCAGUAAAGAAGGAUUCUGAGUGCCAGAAAGUUUCUUUGGCAUUAAAGAAAGUUGCUGAAUCCUGUUUUGACUUGUUACCAGUUAUCAAAGGUCAUGUGUAUGUUGGUAAUAUCUCAAAGAUUCCAGUAAUGAGAGAUGAAGAGAGAGAAGUUGUCUAUGAAUUUGGUAUAAAAAACAAGCAUUUAGCAGAGUCCUUGCUGUGUGUUAUUCUCAAUAAGCUGAAGGCUCAGAAGAAUGCCCCAAAUUAUAAUUUCAGUCAGGCUUUGUGUCGACUCUAUGCAGGAAUUUGUCGACAGUUGGGAGAUUUGGAAAGAGCCCGCCUUUUCUGCUAUAGUCUACUUAAAGAAGACUAUCCAGACUCAGAAAAAUUGAUUUUAUUUAUCACAAAUGUAUGGUCUGACAUAUUUGUCUUCCAAGGUGCAAUUAACAAAGCUAUGCAAUUAGUUGUCAGGAGGAGUGCAAGCAAUGAGAUGCUGGCCUGUUUAAGUGCUUAUCUCAACUGGGAAGAGAGUUCAUCUUUAGAUGCUGGUAUUAUGGUCUCAAACCUGCUUUUAGAAAUGCAGUCAUGUACAAAAGUAGAAUUUCACCUGAGUGAGCAGUAUGGAGAAGAUCUCAGUGAAGAUGCUUGGCAGUAUAUAUUUGCUGUUGAUUUACUCUGCUCUCAUAUGAAGUGGGAUUGGACACAUGAUAACGUUAUAAGCAAAGUGCUUUGGCCUUCUAUGGAUAACUGGAUAAAGAAGAGAAAGGGGCAUGAAACUGCUCAAUCAAUUCGUGAUAGUGUUAUAGCAUUGACACUCAGGCUAAUUGGUCGAUUAGGACAAAUAGGUUUGAAGGAAGGCUAUCUUGCUGCAGUGAAGAAUAUUAGUUCAGUAAUUGGACUGUUUGUACAGCAUGCAAAAGAGGAAGCUAUUCCUUGGGGUGUGCAGCUGGCAGCCGUAUAUUCACUAUGUGACUUGGGUUCAAGCAAUCCAGAAGGUAUUGUUGAGGCCAUCCAUACCUGGAGAACAAAAGUUCAUGACAACAUCCCUUCUGCUAUCACAGAUGGCAUAGCUGAAAUCACCUCUCUGUGUGAAAUGGAGCUAAACUAGGGAAGUGGACUGAUCUAAAGGAAAAAGUGCCUUACCUAUUAAGCAGUAGUUGGUUCCAGUUAAGAAUCAUACCAAGUGGUGUGUCUUCUUGUAUUUCAUGCUUUUAAUCAGAAUGUCUGAUCAUACAAAGCAAGGUCAAGUAUUUUAUUUGGCUUUUCUGUUUGAAGGAAGAGUUUUUAUAAAAUAAACAAAAAUACUUGCUUUUCCUAGUAGCUGAUUAGUGAUCUGAAAACGAGUGCAUCUUGAACUUCUGAUAUAUUUCUGGUUUGAUGACAAUAAAAAUCAGUAACAGUUUUUGUUUUUCUACCUACAUCAGUUUGGAGUAUGGACUAUUUGACAGAAUAUUCAGCGUGACUUGAAAACCUGGCUCUAUUAUUUUGUACUAUUUUAAUAAAGUAACCAUUCAGAUAGCAGAACAUUCCCCAGAUUCUGCUUUAUUUUGCUUGGGUUGUCUUAUAAACUUAAUUUAAAAUACUUGUGGAAAACAGGUAGGAAUUGACUUUUUUUGUAGCCAUUGUGUAUGGAGUAACAGAUACUAAAUCUCUAAACUUGUAUAUAUGGUGUAUUCUGAUGUGUCUCACAUUUGAUAUUUUUUCCACUUGGAGAAUUUUGUGUAUGUAAAUAGAGUUGGUUGAAAAAAAGUUCAUGUUUCUAAUGAUAGCUUCACUACACUCUGUUUUUGUAUCUCUCAUAAUAAAAGAGAUGAAUACUA